AUGGAUUUAAGGGUCCCACCAAGUUCUGCACCAAGUGGCCCAACUUCUCCAGCCCCAAAUUGCCGAAUUCAAAUUUUCCGAAUUUUGAAUCAAAUCAGACUCAACACCACCACGAUAUCCUGUCUUCUCUCCCGCCUCACCACCACCGACCCGCCACCACCACGAUCUCCUCUCCCGUCUGACCACCACCACCCUGAUCUCCUCUCUUCUCUCCGCCUCUCACAUACUCUCCUCUCGAUGUAUUGCCACCGUCGGGCACCCAAACCAGCCCCCAUCGCCACCGACGCACCACAACCACCUCUUGUCUCUCACAGGUCCUAGAAUCACCAUUCCCAGGAGCCUAAUGGGCAGGUUGUGGAGCCUUAUCUGUGAGUUCAACAACGGCUUUGUUGAUUCGCCUUUUCAGUUCCGAUUGUGAACCCCAGAGUAUAGUUGCUUAAUUAUGACAAAAUUAGCUUGUGAAUUACAGAAAUAUUUACUCAAAAAGACCUGUAAUCCCUCAGGGAGGAUGCUAUUUUUCCCAUUUCCCAGAUGAACCUCUGAAACUAUUUCUUGUGAUCAUUAUCCAAGAUUAGCUUGUGAAUUACAAAAAUAUUUACUCUUCUCCGAUAAGUGUAACCUUUCACAAAUGAUUGUAUCGUGGUGAUCUUUUUAUUUUUGCUAAGGCUCUAUUUGUUUCAUUAAGAAAUGUGUUGGAAUUCACACACAACAAACACUUCUAAAGACAUUUGUUUUUAAACUUCUAUUUUUGUUGGUAAUAUUUUCAUUGAGGCA